AUGACCUCGCGAGGAACCACCACGACGGGACCCCCCGGGGCUGCGGCAAGGAAGCAACAACAAGCCCAACAGUCCCAUCUCGAUCCUCGCAAGGACAAGCUGGCUUACUUCAAGGAUAAUUUUCAGACACACGAUGAAGAUGACUUUGAUCCCAAAAUUUACUACUACCCCAGACAAGAGAAAGAGCCGCCACAUCCGGGAGCAAGUGCCGCAUCUGUCUUGGGCGGAUCCGACCAUUUGCAGCCCCCGGCCUCUCCUUCUCGAUUUCCCUCCUACCCCUCACCACCCACUGCUUCUGCUGCGGUCCCUCAACAGGCAGCCAUGUUUCCAGGACACAACACGACGAUGCCAGGCGUGCACUCAGUGCAGGCCUCGCAUGGCUUGGCGUCAAUGGGCAGCCGGGGUCCAGCGCCCGUGGUGCCUGGUCUUGGCACUCUGUCCAUGACAACUGUCGGCGUGGCCUCUCUUGGGGGAGCUGCUGGUGGUGGAAGUGGCGCGGGCGCGGGCGCUAAUGGCCCGCGAUCCGGGGCCGGUGUGUCAGCAUCAGAGGCGAGCGGACUCGGGCGGUAUGGUGCGUCAAGUGCUGGCCCAAGCAUGUCGAUGGCACACAGCGGUCCUCCAGGCCCGGGACCCACGAUGCACGGCAUCGGUCAGCUCGGUGUGGCAGGAGGCAUGGGCGGAUCGCGAUCGGGGCAGAAUAUCAGUGGAGGCCUGGCACGACCACAGGCGUCGCAUGGUGGCAUGGUGGGGCCAGCCGGACUUAAUCCUCCUCCUCCCACGGCCUCGAGUCCGCCCAUCGGCUCGGCUCAGCUGAGCCGGCAGGGAGGUGCCUCCGGUCAGUCGGCGAUCUCGCUGCCCUCGACCUCCAACUCGUACAACCCUUCGGUCGAUCUCUUCACCAUGAUCAAUCGUCAAGGCACGCCCACCACCGUCAAUGCCGCUGCUCAGUGCCGAGCGCUGCUCUUUCACGUGUCUGUCUGCUGCCGCAGCGGCGGCGGCAUUGUUAACGGCAACGGUUUCACACCACAACCACCUAUCGGCACGAUGAAGCAGAUGCCGAUUAACCUGGACCCCAAAGCGCCUGGGGCAAGUGUAGCGGGGGGCAAGCAGGAGAUCUCGUUGCACGACAUGACCGAAUUCCCUGCCUUGGGGAUGCAACACAAGGGCAUGGCACAACAGCAAAAGGAGCAGAUGCUUCGCCUCACCCCGGAGGACUUUCCGACACUGUCGCCCGCAGGCUACAAGGGUGAGGGCAUGGGCGCAAUCGGAGGACACCAAGACGGCGUUGCCGGCGAGCAGCUCAAUGAGAACGCCAUUUUGGGCAUGAAUCCGCAGUUCCAUGGGAGCGGCGGGUACGGCACCGCCACUGCUCCGGCUGCAUCCGGCAAAGGUGUUGUUGGACACUCCCAGCACGGCCAGGCAUUCGCGCAAAUGAGUAUGGGGCACACCACUACCGGCAUUCGCAGUCCAACGCCGCCCAUGGGGUCCUCGCAGCCAUACGAACAGUUUGGGCUGCUAGGGUUACUGAGCGUCAUUCGCAUGACCGACCCCGAUCUCAACACCCUCGCCCUCGGCACCGACCUCACCACCCUCGGGCUCAAUCUCAAUUCUCCGGACUGCUUGUACGCCUCGUUCACGUCGCCCUUUGCCGACGGACCGUCGCGAAAGGAGCCUGAAUACCACCUUCCUCUCUGCUACUACAUGCAACCGCCCAUGCAGCCUGCCGAGUCCAAAGUUCAGCUCUUCUCCGACGAGACCCUGAUCUACGCCUUUUAUGCCUUGCCCCGUGAUUUGCUGCAGGUCACCGCCGCAGUCGAACUGUACAAUCGCGAUUGGCGGUUCCACAAGGCACUGCAACUGUGGUUCAUCCGCGUGGACUCGGAGCCGGUGGCGAAGACCACCGGGUACGAGAGGGGAACGUACAUCUUCUUCGACGUCACCAACUGGAAAAAGGUCAAGAAGGAGAACUUCCUCCUCUACUACGACCAGAUCGCCGAGCUGCCCAAGUUGCUGCCACUUCAGCCUAUCGGACCCCCUUCCGGCAGCCCCGCCCUCACGUCUCCCGCCCAAGCGCUCAAUCAGCAUUCCUCGUCCUCCUCGGCCAAGGAGGUGGAUACUUACAACCAACACAUCCACCCACCAACCAACCCCGUAACCAACCUUAACCACGCUGCUGCUGCUGCUGCUGCUGGUGGUGGUGGUGGUGGUGGUGGUGGUGGUGUUCCGCCGAAGCAGAAGGACAGCCCUCUCGUGCAGGCACGGUCGAAUCGGCGUGGUUUCGACAUGGACUAG